GAGCGUUGGUAGCGAAGACUCCGAGCCUGGCGUCGAUGAGAAUAACAAAAGGGACUUUAUACAUUAUAUACAGGUUAUCAUACAGGACAUGAACGGAUCGGCACUGGGGCCGAGAGCUCACACAAACGCGACUGUUCUCGCACGACGGCGUCCGGCGAAAACGCGUGACACAUCUCACCCCAGUCGGGAGCGACCCUCUCUCCAGGUGGGGUCAGCGGAUCCUGUUUUCGAGCGGCGUGUCUCUGCUUUUAUAAUCCCCGAGGCCCAUUGUCACUCAACCGGCCCAAUACAAAGUCAGCACACGACGGUCGUCCGAGGGGUCCAACCAGCGACCGCGCUGGCCACCCGGUUCAAAGUUCGCGCGCGCGGUGACCUCCAGGCAAGGGAGGUGCGGCGCCGGGCUGUCGGGCACACGCGGGCACGUCUAAACACGCUGCUUCGCCGAGGCUUCUCCUGCACGAAGGCGCAGCCUCUUGACUUGUGAAGGGAGAAUUGUGGCGCUCGCAGGAUAGAUUCUGCAUCUUGCAGAUUCGGGAUCCGGGCUUGUGGUAAUGGCACAACAGCAUCCCCGCCCUCAGAUAAGGCGCCGGGAAGACGAGCUGCCUCCACGUGGCUCGGAUGCCAGGCGCGCACGUUCGUCAGGCUCGUCCAAGUUCACGUUCAGUGUCGGGACGCCAGGUAACUUCACGUGCCCAGGUCCGACUCGCCAGGACAGGAGCUCUGCUCACCACGUCGUCGCCAAGGCACCUUGACCAGCUCCGCUCGGGUCGUUCCUAAGACCUUGCUUCUCGCCACUGGUCCCGCUUGGUCGUUCUGCAGCUUGCAAAACCGACCGGCAAAAGGCAACACCCAACACGAACAAGUGCCCUCUGUCUCCCGUCAAACACCAGACAAGACCAUAAUUCAAAGCAACCUAACUAAAUUGUUUUCCCCUUUUUUUCUCCCGCUGCAACAAGAGGCAGGUGUACGAUCUAGCACACAAGGCUUAAACAAUCAGUUUUCAAAUCAACAACACACCAAAAUAGAAACAAUUAUUAAUCAGCAAUAAUAAUUACAAAUAGAAUGGUCCCCUUAAAAUCGCUUUGGACCGAAAACAUACUUCUGAGGAAGCAAAUGAGGUCAUUCAUUUUUCCCGGCGAUAUUUUCGCGGAAUCUGAAGCUGCUUAUAUUUGCGACCCUGCUUAUCCGUGUAGCGGCGGUACAAUAAGCCAGAUUCCUUGCCAAAUGAAACCCUCUUUUUUUUCACUCCCCGUUUGACGCUCUUCCUCAGAUCGGCUAAUGAACAGCCUUCCUGUUGCUCGCGAAUCAGACUUUCUCUUUCAACUGCAGCCUGCUCCUGCCGGCUGGCGGAAACCGGAGCGAGUGUGGAGCCCGCGUCGCCUAAUUGCGGCGUCGCGUCUAUAUCGCGGCUAGCACUGCACGCGUCACUCCCACUCACUUCCAGGACCCGCUCGUCUAGGCCAGCCUCCGAGCUCUGCCUCUCCCGUGACUGCUCGCCACUCAAGUUACCGUGAUCGGUCCUUGUGCCGCACCGCCUUUCGCUCACCGACGCUAAGUCAAGUUCCCUCGACAGCGGGCGCGCUUUGGAUCGCGUGGGGGCCAUGUACGCCACGUCGGCAAAGAAUGAUUUGCCCUGAUCCCUCAGCAGCUGCUCCGAGCUAUUUGAGAAGAGGUAGGAAAAUUGCUCCGGGAGGGCGGCUGACACAGCGGCUUCGGUGUUAAGUUUCCCAAAUUCUCCUUCAAUGCUAACCGUUGCGAUCGGUAAACAGACACUCUCCUUCUCGGCCACUUGCCGUAUCCUAACGCACUCUCCCGUAAAAUCACUCGAGGAGACGAAAGACGGGUGAACAACGUCCAUAGUUGCUGCAGAGUCCCGCAGUGCUCGGCACUUCUUGCCGUUUACCUUAAUUUUCUGGACAUAGGGCUCCAAUAGACGUAUGUUUUUGUGAGUUUCCUGUAUCGUUGCGAAAGCAAUUCUCUCUGGGCAGCUUGCAGCGAUGUGCCCUUGCUUUUUGCAAUUGUAGCAGGUUAACGGUUUCCGUUUUUCAAAAGAACGCGUCAUUUCGUUUCGCUGUUUCGGACCAUCGUCAUCAUUCUGAGAUGCAUUCUGUCCAUCCCUUACAGUUUCUUUGGGAAGGGACUCGUCGUCCCGAAACUCGCGACGCGUGAUUUCCUUCCGUUCGUCGGGCUUCCCGUAAAACCCAUCUCUUCUAUCUGCUUUCUCUAUGCGCACUGCCUUGCUGUGCAAGCUGCGGCGGGUGUAAUACUCUUCCGCUAACUCUGCUGCCUUGUUUAGCAUAACCUCUUUUAGCCUAUCUUGCAGCCAGAGCCGGACAUCCUCAUCAAUGCAACGGUAGAACUGCUCCAACGCGAUGCAUUCGACAAUUUUGUCGCGGUCGUCGAAAACCUCUUCGCCCUUCAGCCAUUCCACCAAGUCGGCUUUUAGACGAAACGCGAAGUCAACAUUCGACUCCUUACCCUUUUUUUGCAUACCGGAACCUCUGCCGGAAAGCUUCGGGCGACAAUUUGUACUUCCGCAGUAGCGCUUCCUUCACAUCACUGUAGCUCUCAAACGCCUCUUUCGAUAAGCAAGUUAUUACGUCUGAUGCCUCCCCAGGAAGCAAGGCUAACAGAUUCUGUGCCCAAAGGGAUCGCUCAAUGCUAUUCCGUUCGCAGACGUGCUCAAAUUUCACGAGGUAUUUGGCCAUAUCCUCUCCGACGACAAAGGGUGGAAGUUGAUCGCGUAUUCUUGGAACAUUAGAAGUGAGACUAGGCGCUGGCGAGCUAUUUCGGGUCUCCAACUCUUUCAUUUUAAGCUCGUGCUCACGAAUCUCUCUCCUUUCCUCCUUUUCCUCCUCGCGACGUUGCUGUUCUCUCCUUUCCUCUUCGCGACGUUCCUGUUCUCUCCUUUCCUCCCUUUCCCGACGUUCAUUGAUAUUCGCCCAGGCCUCAGCGGCUUCCUCAGCCGUUACGUCCCCAGUCCUCAUGACCUCAAGGAUCGCAUUCUUUCUUUUGGUUGAGCCCAACUCAAUGCCCAACUCCUCACAAAUUUCGAGAAGUUCCUUGACCUUGUACUUCUCCAUCGUUCACACUGUCCUCCUGCUGUUUACCCUUUUUGAAUAUACCUGCCGUACGCUACUAUAACACUACUAGUAAGACAUAUGCAAGUAUUUCACACACUGCCCUGUUUACCCCCUCAGCAUCCCCUGGUUUUCAAAACACUCUUACUAGGCUUGAAACACACAAGGUUAAACACAAUGCAACACCAAGUCAAUCCCUGAGCUACUAUAACCUGUGUCAGAGAAAGUCUGGUGUUUGAGGUAAACUUCAGGCACUCACCGCGCCGAGGUAGCUGAUGCCGGUCAAUCCCACCGCUGCCACCAGUGUUACGAACUUCCAACCGGUGCCACCAGUGUUACGACAUCCCACCGCUGCCACCAGUGUUACGAACUCCAACCGGUGCCACCAGUGUUACGACAUCCAACCGGUGCCGCCAGUGUUACGAACUUGCACCGCUGCACCACGAUAACGGCUUUGUGGUCCCGUAGCGCUCGUCACCCGUUUCGUGACAGAGCGUUGGUAGCGAAGACUCCGAGCCUGGCGUCGAUGAGAAUAACAAAAGGGACUUUAUACAUUAUAUACAGGUUAUCAUACAGGACAUGAACGGAUCGGCACUGGGGCCGAGAGCUCACACAAACGCGACUGUUCUCGCACGACGGCGUCCGGCGAAAACGCGUGACACAUCUCACCCCAGUCGGGAGCGACCCUCUCUCCAGGUGGGGUCAGCGGAUCCUGUUUUCGAGCGGCGUGUCUCUGCUUUUAUAAUCCCCGAGGCCCAUUGUCACUCAACCGGCCCAAUACAAAGUCAGCACACGACGGUCGUCCGAGGGGUCCAACCAGCGACCGCGCUGGCCACCCGGUUCAAAGUUCGCGCGCGCGGUGACCUCCAGGCAAGGGAGGUGCGGCGCCGGGCUGUCGGGCACACGCGGGCACGUCUAAACACGCUGCUUCGCCGAGGCUUCUCCUGCACGAAGGCGCAGCCUCUUGACUUGUGAAGGGAGAAUUGUGGCGCUCGCAGGAUAGAUUCUGCAUCUUGCAGAUUCGGGAUCCGGGCUUGUGGUAAUGGCACAACAAGCUGCACUCCAGCAGCAGCUCCGUCGCAGACAAGCCGGAAAGAGAUUCACGUGCCACGCCGCUGCAUCGGACAUGCAAGGGACGACACCUGCCCAUCCUGGCGGAGCGAAAGACAGGUGUCGAGCUCGGCUACGACGAACCCGACUGCAGCAGCUCAUCCCCAAUGCACAUGCUUCGACCCAAGGACGAGCAGAUGCAGAAGAUCCUCGACAAGCAGCAGAUCGUGGUGACCAUUGAAACGCACAAACAGAGAUCCCUCGUAACUGCCCCAAGCCCUCCGCCCAUAGUGUCGCUGCGGAGGCGAGAGCUUCCUCCGUCGGAGUCCACGGACGACUCAUUCAUGAAGGACCUCAAGCGCCGCCUCAGUCUCAAGGCUCGGUUCAGUGACGACCUCUGCGGAUUAACGCCGGUGAUACGUUCGGUGUCCGCCGAACCAAUACGUGUCGCGGCUGGUGCCGUUCAGUGCGACGCCGCUCAAGGCACUCCAGCAGAAGUUGGUCCACAGAAGGCGGAGACAGUCGCCAAGGCGCAGCGGGACGCCGAACCGCCGACUGCUGGGUUGACAUUCGGCACCAGUGUUCCUGUUCACGGGUUCACCGUGUCAACCAAACCAGCAAAAAAGCACAUUACGGACAUCGAACACCGGGAUGAAGGACCGGAGAAGGCGAUAGAAAAGGCUGCGGCAACUGACGAUACCUCGAAGUUUGGCGGGGAACAUAGCACUGAAAACAUCCAGCCUCCAUUGCAGUUGGCCGAUAAGAGAGACCACUUCAGCACAAUGCCGGACAGAAGCUCGUUGAACGCGGGCGCGCACAACGCGAAGAGGAGGCGCGCAUCCUCGCCAACUGUAUUGAAAUGUUCCGGCAUUGAGGGCAGAACAGAGCCAAACAAGACGAAAACAGUCUUGCUUCCACCCGCUGCACAAGCCGAUAAGGUCGAGGGCAACGUGACUCGGCAAAGUCGGGUACCAGUCACAGUUGCCGCUGCCGGCACGAAUUUCGAAAAAAAGGGAAACGAACUGCAAAUGCAGUGUCCGGAACCGAACACUGCUAGCGUGCUGACCGAGUUGGAUGCCGCAAAACAACUUUUCAACAAGCGUCCCGCGCUGCCUGUUCCCAAGGGUACGAAUGCUUGUAUGAGCUCUCCGGAAAUCGCUGACUGUAAGACACCUAGUCAAAACGAAAGGCUGAAAGAUGAGCUUGUCGAUGCUGGCGCGGGAAAAUUGCAGCAGAAGCAAAGUGACCACCUCAAUAUCGCAGAAGUCGGCGAAUUGGCUCGCUUACUUUCUAGGCUGAUAAGAAAACACGAAUACUUCGAGCAUACUUCGUCAGCCGAAGACAGCGCGAACAGCGCUCCCCAGCGGCCGCUCAAGAGCAAGCGGGACAGGGCGAAACAUUCUCGCAGCACCUACGGUGCAAUGAAAAAGGGCUGCAGGGCCACAGAACCCACUGAAGGGAGUUCUGUGGGAAGCUCCCUUCAACAUUUCGCUGAAGUCAUCAUCGGCAAAGUCAAUCAGCCGUCAGUAACUCAGAAAUCGUGUUUGCCAGUUGAGCCUGACGUCAGCAUGGCGAAACUUUCGCUGGAACCGACCACUCAGCACAAACUGCUUAGCAUGGAGGCAUUUGUGCGCAAGACAGCACAGCCGGAGGCACCAGAGCUGAUAGAGGCAGUGACUGGUAAAAAUCUUGGUAACAUGAAGCAAAAUACACCCUUAGAAGCUGACCGGCCUUCAGAGAGCAGCUCUGACGAUGCAAAGUACGGCACUGACAGGAUAGGCGGGAAAACACCAAAGCCGAUACCAGUCAGCAUGCCUCAAGACUAUCGCGGCUGGGUUCCUAUAGGGGCCGCUUACGCUGCACAAAGGCCGCCCAAGAGUGGGGCAUCCUUAGGGCUGACCGAACUGGUCCGAAAUACCAGCGGGGUGAGGGACAUUUCGAUGACGUUAUCGGAUGGCGGUGGUGUCCAAAGCGUGCUCCGAAAGAAGCCCUCGGUGUCGUCCACUCCGUCAGAGACUACAACAUCGCUUUCAGCGCAAAUGCCGUACCAGGAGUACAUGGCGAAGCAGCUUCAGCCUACAGUGCACUUUGCCGAGAGACCAUUUGCGGAAGUUCUCGCCAGCAUUGAGAGCGAGAUAACCAGCAUGUCCAAAGAUGACGCGACAACUGGCGUUCAGGGCCCCGAAAAAGGGCUGGACAAGUCGUCUCCAAGCAGCGCUCCGCAAAGCUCGACCCAGUCGACCAUGAAUGAUGAGAAGCUCGAUGAAGCAGCCAUCGAGAGUUCGUCAAAAGGAACCUCUGAAACGGACUCCAGUAGUGCCGUUGCCAGCGGAGACGUAGCCGAGACAUCGGGCCGCGUCGCAUCCACUGCAGCCCCGCCAGUCGGCAAGAUCCCGGUUUCGUCCAAGGCAGUGACGACGACGACUUCGAUCGAGAGCGACGAGACGUCCAAGGAGGCUCCUAGGGCGCUGCUCACCUUCUGCGAGUCGGACGAGGGCUCGGUGCCACCGUCCGAGUCCAUGUCGCUUUCGUUCGUCUCCUCCAACUCCAGCUGCAACGCGGUGCACCGCCUAACCGAUCUGGCCGACCUUCCAAAGUUACAGCACAGUGCGGCGGCGGCAACUCACGAGACGGGUGACGGCGGCGUCGUGCUAGGCAUGCCGCUACUCCGGCUGACGUCCUCGUCGGCGGCGCAGAUGGAGAGCUCGCGGCAACCCGCGCCAUCGUUGACAGAGUGCGGCGCUGAGGCUCAGCUACUCACGGAGCGAGCGGGUCGUUCUUGCUGGCCUAAGCUCAGGAAGACUCGGAGACGCGACGUCGGUCGCCGCGUGUCUACAGACCGUCCAUGGACGGAGGACGUCAAGAAGGUAGUAACGCUGGGCAACAAGCACUACCUGCAUCAGCACGCGGGCCGCCGUCCCAUGGCCAAGUCGGCGACCACCUUUGACGAGACGCAGUGCGUGCUCUUCAAGAUCGAUGACCAUGUGCAGCCCGAUACGACGGCUUCACCGGUGGACCGCGAUGCUCCGCACAGCAUGAGCAUGUCUGGCGAGCUGACUCGGGAAAGCUGCGAGUCCACACUGGAGCUAUUGCUCCGGCGGUGCGCCUUUUCCUUGGGAAGGGACGCCGACACGCUGGCGUCUGACGAUAACAAUUUCGAGCAGCCGCUCAGGCUGAGUGACUUGAUCUUGCUGCAGCACCCGGAGGUAGGCCUCAGGAACAUUAUUGUAGUCGACUUUUCUAAAACUGCCGACGCGCCCUCGCUGACAGCACUUUCCUCGGCCACGGCUACGCCUGCCGAGGGCGGAGCAGAGCGCCAAGGUGUAGUGCUGGAAGCUCAGCCCGAGGACAAGCAGGCGCAGGAUUUGAUUACCAACCACAAAUCCCGUGCCAAUGAGCCGAUGUCCGAGGAGACGCGUCUGACGGCAGUUGCAGUCGGGAUUUCGCGAGAGCCAUUUCUUGCUGCAACGGUGGCAGGAAGUAAAGGCUCGGACGCUCUCCGGAAGCCCCAGCGUCCGAGCCUCACCAAGUCGGCAGCCAAGGCCACCGACCACGAGCGCCGGCUGGAGCAAGGAAGUGAGGGUGCGGCCGCGGAAGCAGCAGCGGCCAGGGCGACGAAGCCGAAGGUUCAUUUCGCCCCGCCGCUGGCUUCGCAACACGUCGUCUUUCUGCCCGAUUGCGCCGCAGCCAUACGUCUUCCAGGUGGUGUGAUCCGGAGCGUACGUCCGGGGCCAGAAGCCAUCGGCACUGCCUCGCCGCAAGGCAGAGGUGCUAUCAGGGCCGACCACAGGAGUCGGCACCUUCUGCUGGCCACGGCCCUUAACGAACCCUGCUUCGAGUCCAUCUACAACGCCAUCUUGCAGCCGCCGCCCCGAGUAACCGCCGCUCUGGAGCCCAUUGCGCCGGGAGAAGUUCCGAGCCCUGCAAGGACGACACGGGCCGUCUCGUUCGACGACUCGCUUACCACCGUUGUGCACUUUGAGCCGCCACCAGAGUCGUUAACGUACGACGUCGCCGACGCGACGGCGGAGUCCGAGCCGGAGGCGCCUUCGCAGUGGCGCAAGGCGAGGCGCCGCUCUAGCCUCUGCCGCUCCUUGUUGGGCUCGCGUCGGCAGUCGCCGCCGGCGAGCCCCGGCAUCGAAGGUGCCGAAGUCGCGUGCGGCACAGCCCGCAAGACGAUUAGGUUCGACGGCUCUGGCCAGCUGGCCCCUGCGCUGGCUCGCCCUGGUGCCGCCAAGGACGCUGGCGCGGAAGGCGCGUUCCCAUCUGGCGGUGGCAGCGGUAGGCGCGACACCCCGACGCCGCUGACGUCGCCUUUCUAUUCGUUCGAGGACACCGGCUCCGAACUAACCUUCCUGCCGGAGUCGAGCAAUUUCGACAGGUCAGGGUCGGCCGCGGCAUCGCAGCGCAGCGACGACCACAAGCAUUGAGAGGAAGCCCAUGCCCCGCGGCCGGCAUGAACCGCGCCUGUGCGGUGCCAGUCGGCAGGAUAUGUUCUGGCUGCAUUCAAUUACGCGUAGUCAAUAAAUGCACUGAGAAAAGCGAGUGCUAGCACAACUGGGCAAGAGCUGUACGUAUACGUGUCCAAUGAAGUCGGAGAUCCGUGCCCCUCCAAGUCAGUGCAACCCGUACAUUAUACAAUUUACAUCUUCACCUAUACGUUCACCUUCUAAUAUAUAGCAAGCUCAUCAGGGGUCAA